UAGGAAGGUGAGAUCGAGACACAUGCAGAAACAGAACUACAAUCACAAAAUACUUAGAUUCCUUUCUGUUUCCUUCUUCCACUUUCCUCUAUUCACGUACUAUGAAUACCUUAGCCUUGAACUCGUCCGACCACGACAUGCAUUGGACCAGCACGACGUCGUUUAGCAACAAAUACCUCAUCACAACACUUCAAGCCAUUGUCGUGAUCGCUGUGGCGAUACUGUUCAAGAGACUGAAAUCUCCAAAGAAUGGAUCCAAAAAGCUGCCUCUACCUCCGGGAUUCGCCGGAUUUCCGAUCGUCGGAAUGGUUCCGGCCAUGCUGAACAACCGUCCCGUUUUCCGGUGGCUUCACGGCCUUAUGAAACAACUCGACUCCGAGAUAGCAUGCGUCAGGCUCGGCAACACUCACGUGAUCCCGGUCACGUGCCCUGUGAUCGCCCGGGAGAUGCUCAAGCAGCAGGACGCUGUCUUCGCCUCCAGACCCCUCUCUUACGCUCAGAAGGUUCUCUCCAACGGGUACAAGACUUGCGUCAUCACGCCGUUCGGGGAACAGUUCAAGAAAAUGAGGAGAGUUGUCAUGACGGAGGUCGUCUGUCCCGCCAGACACAGGUGGCUUCACGACAAGAGAGCCGAGGAAACCGACCACUUGACCGCUUGGCUCCACAGCAUGGUCAAGAACUCGAGCCCUGUCGAUUUCCGUGUGCUGAGCCGACACUACUGCGGUAACGUGAUAAAGAAGCUGUUUUUCGGGACAAGGACUUUCGGGCCAGGGAAAAUGGCGGCGGACGGUGGACCGACGGCCGAGGAUAUCGAGCACAUGGAGGCGAUGUUUGACGGGCUUGGUUUUACGUUCGCGUUCUGUGUAUCGGAUUUCCUUCCGUGGCUAACGGGACUCGAUCUGAACGGUCACGAGAAGAUUAUGAGAAGGGCGAGUGCUGUUAUGGACAAAUAUCACAACCCGAUCGUGGACGAGAGGAUUAAGCUAUGGAGAGAAGGCAAGAGAACUCAAGUUGAAGACUUUCUUGAUGUUUUCAUCUCUUUGAAGGAUCAGGAUGGGAAGCCUUUGUUGACACCUGAUGAAAUCAAGCCCACACUCAAGGAACUUGUAAUGGCGGCUCCGGACAAUCCUUCGAACGCCGUGGAAUGGGCGAUGGCGGAGAUGGUGAACAAACCGGAAAUCCUUCAAAAGGCCAUGGAAGAGAUCGAUAGGGUCGUCGGAAAAGACAGACUCGUGCAAGAAUCCGACAUUCCUAAACUGAACUACGUCAAAGCCUGUCUCCGCGAAGCUUUCCGUCUCCACCCGGUCGCGGCCUUCAAUCUUCCACACGUCUCGCUCUGCGACACGACCGUGGCUGGCUACCACAUCCCGAAGGGUAGCCAAGUGCUCCUGAGCCGGUACGGUCUCGGCCGCAACCCCAAGGUUUGGUCCGAGCCACUUAGCUUCAAGCCCGAGAGACACCUUAACGAGUGUUCCGAGGUCACUUUGAUCGAGAAUGACCUCAGGUUCAUAUCCUUCAGCACAGGCCGACGUGGCUGCGCCGCUCCGGCUCUCGGCACGGCCAUAACCACCAUGUUGCUGGCUAGGCUUCUUCAGGGGUUCACGUGGAAGUUGCCGGAGGGCGUGACACGCGUCGAGCUCGUGGAGUCGAGCCAUGACUUGUUCUUGGCUAAGCCCUUGGUCAUGGUUGGUGAGCCGAGGUUGGCCGAGAAUCUUUACCCGACGGUGAACUGAGUCGGCGAGGAUGUGUAUAUACCAAUAUAUAUAUAUAUAUUGCCAAUCCAUGUUCUGUGUGGAUAGACACUUGGUUUGUGUCUCCCUUUUAUUUUAUUUUUUUGUUUUUUAUAAUUUUUUUUUGUCUUUGUCUUGGUAAAAUUGUUAUAACGAGAAGAUCAUUAUCGGCAGCUCUAACCCUCGUCCGAUCUUGUUUUCAAUCCUUGUAAAAAAAAUCUCUUGCAAUAAAAUAUUUUAUUUGGAGCA